AUGUGGAAUGUGUUCCGCACGCUUUGCCAGCUGCUCCCGCUGAUCGACCGAGCCACCAGCCCCCGCGACGAAGGUGACCCCAAAGCCGAGCAGAAGACCCUGGAGGAGAGCUGGCAGGAUUUGGCCUUGAUCAAGACGACACCAAAACCCCCCAAGAAGCAGAGGAGGGAGGACCUCAGUGAACCUCUGCUCUCCCCAGCUCAGCUCCUGGUGCCAGAGCCCAAGCUCUGUGUUGCCCCUCUGGAGACUCCUCAGGUUGCACCCAGACCCCUGCACUGCACGCUGCAGGAGAAGCUCCUCUCCCACUACAGCAGUCGGCUGGCCGUGCCUGAGGCACAAGCGUCCCUCGCCCCACAUCUGGCCAGGAGCAUCUGUGUCCAGCUGCAGAAAUUCCUGCGGAACAAGUGCCCGGAGCUGCCCUUUGGCAGCCUUUUCCUCAGAGGUCCCCUGCUGGAUGGCCUCGGGGCUCUCACAGCUGAUGACAUCCACCUCAUGCUGCCAGUGGUCCUCGACGCCGCGCUCUGGACCCUCAUCCCAGGGGAGGACACGGUGGUGGGGAACCCCCAGUACUGGAUGAUCAAGAGGACUGAUCUGGAGUAUUUCCCUCGUGGGUGCAGCCCCUGGGAUAGGUUCGUUGUGGGCUGGUACUUCUCCUCCAAGCUGCUCACCGAGACCCUCCACAAGAUGCUCGUGGCCUCCAUCAACUGGCCUGCCAUCGGCAGCCUGCUGGGCAGCGUCAUCCACCCUGUCGUGGCCUCCCAGGAGCUGAAGCUGGAAGUCAAACACGAUCAGGUCGAGCUGAGCAUCACCCUCUUCCCAGUGGUGGAAAUGGAAGACAGGGUUCUUCUGGCCGCUCCUCCCAAAGGGCUGGUGGAAAACCUCUGGCUUGAGAGCUUUUACAGGGCGGAGGUCUCGAAGGUGAAGGAGCUGGAUGCCGGUGACCGCGGGGCUCCCCAGCGCUGCCUCUGCGUCCUCAACGGCGUCUGCAAGAGCCACCCCACCCUGCACAAACUGAGUGGCAGCCCCUUGACCCACGUCGUCCUUCACCUCAGUGCCACCACUUCAGACUGGGCAGAAGAAAACCUUGCUGACAGGUUCCAGCAGGUGCUUGAGGAGCUGGUGGGUUACCUGGAGAAAGGGGUCCUGCCUUCCUACUUCAACCACAAAAUCAACCUCUUCUGUGAGCUGUCGGAAGAGGAAAUUGAUGAGAUGGGCUUGAUGCUCUACAGGGCUGUGUCUGAGCCAGAGCUCCUGCUGAAGGAGAAAUGCUCCUGA